UUAUCAACAUCAGAAAGCAGUCAUUGUCAUCUCAGUGUUCAUUUCAAUCAGAAACUUUCCUAAGAUCAUUGAGUUAAAUAUGAUGUUGUGUUUGAUAGUAAUUAUUUCAAUGGCCAGCGUCACUUAUGCUGUUCCACAGGAGAAGUUGGUUAAAAAGCAAGUAGAUACUUGUGGGGAGAACUAUAACAUAAAUGAAGGCCAGGAACAAACAAUCACUAGUCCUCGUUAUCCAUCUAAUUAUGAAGAUUAUCUCGUCUGUCAUUGGACCAUCACAACCAAUCCUGGAAAUAGCCUCGUUGUGAAUGUUGUAGAUUUUCAUACGCAAGAAAUAUAUGAUGUGUUACUAAUCAAUGAUGGGACUAAUAAUAUUGGAGCAUGGUCUGGUGACUCUGGACCGCCAAACUUUACAUCACUUAGCAACGAAGUAUCUAUAAUAUUCGAGACUGAUUCUCUGGUAACUGAAAAGGGAUUUAAGAUAAUUAUCACAGAUAAAACAUUCCCAGGCACGAAUGACUUGAUAACAUUAUUGAGAAUGUGUUCAUCCUAUGGUGACGAUAAACGAGGUGAUACAGGAAGUUGCCUUUAUUUGACGACAACGUUACGCACGUUUGAGAAGAAUAACUACGACUCAUUGCCAUGUUUUUUUCUUCAUCCACUCGGCUAUAGCUUCUUAUCCUUGAAUCAGGGUUUGAAACCACUCCCAUUAUAUUUUGAGUCUCGAAUCCACUGCGAUCUAGUGUUAUAA